AAUCUUCUCCAUUUCAUCCACAACCUCAAAACUUUUUUUUCAAACAACCUCCUUCCUCUCUUUCUUUUUCCCUUUCACAAACACACUCAAAUUUCUAAGUGUUCUCAAGCUAGAGACAUGGCUGCAAUGAACUCUAGUGUCUUAGCUUGCAACUAUGUGCUAUCUAGUGGUUCAGACAUGAGUUUGAAGCUUGCUUCAAUAUCAUCUCCUCCAGUUACUACUAAGCUGCUCGUUAUCAAAGCUCAACAAGCUCACACCGUCGUCGAGACAAAGAAAACCAAAGGAAGUGAAGGAAGAAGAGUGGCACUUCUAUUCCUGGCUGGUGCUCUCUUUUCGGCCUCGACUUCGUCGGCAAAUGCUAGCAUCUUCGAUGAAUAUCUUGAGAAAAGCAAAGCUAAUAAGGAAUUGAAUGAUAAGAAGAGGUUGGCUACUACUGGAGCAAACUUCGCACGUGCAUAUACUGUGGAGUUUGGCACGUGCAAGUUCCCGGAGAAUUUCACUGGAUGUCAAGAUCUUGCUAAACAGAAGAAAGUGCCAUUCAUCAGUGAUGAUUUGGAGAUUGAAUGUGAAGGAAAGGAUAAGUUCAAGUGUGGAUCAAAUGUUUUCUGGAAAUGGUGAUCAACAACUUAAUUUACUUUAAUGUAAUGUAAUGUAAUCAAUUUUAUUUUCUUGUUGUAAUAAAUUAAUUUACUCUCAAUUUGAAUCUUCAUGCAUAGGCUGUGAGUAAAAAAUUUUCUAUCA